AUGGAUAGGCCAGCAACCCCACCAAGAGAGGCUGCGACAACCACAACCAUCCCCAGACGGCCACAAUCUCCACCAACACCUGAAAUCACCCGUCGCAUCGAAGAAAACCGCUUGCGCGCCAAAGCCAUUCGUGAGCAGCGCGACGCCGAGCUCCGUGCCUCCGAUGUACAACAGACAGAUGGAUCAACGACAACCGCCGCCCCGGCUGGGAAGAAACGGCCAUACGGGUCGAUAUCGCGAGCCGAAGUGCCGGCCACAAACCGGGAUGCGCGUACGAGUCCGGCCAAGGAGGGAGAGGGCCUGCAGCCAGUCUCGCGCAAAUUUACGAAAUAUGUCGACUACAACUUUAGCGCCAUGACAGAUACAAAGGGCGGCUUCCUGAGCAUCGAAGAUGACCCUUGGAACAAGAGCAUGUCUGCCGGCGUACCAGGCAAGCCCGAGGCGGAGCAGAAGCCGGCGAAUAUGACUGCUGCCGAGUGGGAAAGGUUGCAGCUGAUCAAGAAACUGCAGAGAAACAAGUCGGGGCCUUUCGAGCCCGGGCUGAGUGUGCUAGCAGAUGAAAAGACGAGAAAACGAUGCAGGGAAUGCAAGACUGUCGAGAUCGACUUUGUCUGGGAAGAAGUGUUUGGAUGUGCUGUCUGCAACGGGUGCAAGCAAAAGUUUCCCGAAAAGUACAGCUUGUUAACCAAGACGGAGUGCAAAGAGGAUUACUUGUUGACGGAUCCCGAGCUGAGAGAUCCCGAGCUGCUACCGCACCUGUCCAGGCCAAAUCCCCACAAGUCACACUGGCAUGACAUGAUGCUGUUUCUACGAUACCAGGUCGAGGAGUAUGCCAUCAACCAGAAAUGGGGCUCAGCAGAGGCACUCGACGCCGAAUUCGAGAAGCGAGAGCAAGAUAAAAAAAGGAGGAAGGAGGCCAAGUUUAAAGAAAAGCUGUUGGACCUGAAGCGCAAGACCAGGACCGAGGCUUUCAGGAGGAACAAUGCCAAAGGGGACAGCAGCGGCUCGGGCUCGGGCCCUGGAAAAGCAGCCAGGUUUGGAGAUGCGAUUGGGGAUCGAGGGAAACAUGCCCAUGAGUGGGGGAGGACCGUGGAGAAUGCGGAGGGGAUGACGGUCAAGACAUGUUUGACUUGCGGGUCACAGGUGGAGGUAAUGGAGUUUUGA